UGGACACCUGUAAUUGUAAUGGAAAACAGGCAUUAGAAUAAAACCUAAGACAUUUCUUGUCUGCCGCCAUAUCCAAUCCCUACGCGGCGUCGCUAGCCAACCACCAUCUUCUGGUGUCCGAUAAAUUCUAAUGCGACUGAGCUCCUGUGAGGGUCUCAUUCCUCUAUCCGGUGUCCGGAGCACCCUUCGUUGCUGGAGAAUUAUGUGAUCUUGCUCAGGCCCUUGCCCUUCUUUGUUUUUCUUCUUAUUUCUCUCUCUCUCUACACACACACACACAGUCAUAUAUAUAUAUAUAUAUAUAUAUUGUUUUUCUAGUUUCCAGCAAUGGCGUCGGCCAUUGGAUGUUGUUCUCUCAAGGUUACACAUCAAGGAGGGAUGCCAAAAUGGAGAUCGCCUAGAGCAGCUGUGGUUCCCAAUUUUCAUCUUCCAAUGCGUAGUUAUGAAGUUAAAAAUAGUGAUUGUAUUAUCUUUGUAUUAUGUGUGAGGGGAAGUCACGUUGGUGUGGGCUUGCUUCCGAACCCUGUCUUUUGCAUUUUGGGCUCAAUUGGAAUAAAAAUGUUAUCACACGAUUCACUGGUUGUUUUUCUGCUGUUUGUUCUGUCAAUUUUAGCCACGACUAGCGUUGACGAUGUGAAAUCACUUAGAUUGAUCACCGCCAUAAAAACUCCUUAUCUGCCCGACGGCAGAUUUGACCUAGAGGCCUAUGAUACCUUAGUGAACAUGCAGAUUGAAGAUGGUGUCGAGGGGGUCAUUGUUGGUGGCACCACUGGCGAAGGCCAGUUGAUGAGCUGGGACGAGCAUAUUAUGCUUAUUGGUCACACCGUGAACUGUUUUGGCGGAUCCAUCAAAGUCAUUGGCAACACUGGAAGUAACUCGACCCGAGAAGCUAUACACGCCACUGAACAAGGCUUUGCCGUUGGAAUGCACGCUGCACUUCACAUCAAUCCGUACUAUGGCAAGACCUCCCUAGAGGGUUUGGUUUCUCACUUUGACAGUGUCCUGUCCAUGGGCCCUACAAUUAUCUACAAUGUACCAUCACGGACCGGCCAGGAUAUCCCACCCCGUGUGGUUCACACUCUAGCGCAGAGGCCCAACUUAGCAGGAAUCAAGGAAUGUGUUGGAAAUGAUCGGGUCAAGCAGUAUACAAGUCAUGGGUUGGUCGUUUGGAGUGGGAAUGAUGAUCAAUGCCAUGAUUCACGAUGGGAUUAUGGAGCCACCGGAGUAAUUUCAGUGACCAGCAACUUGGUUCCUGGUCUGAUGAGAGAACUGAUGUUUGGAGGAAAGAAUCCAUCACUGAAUUCAAAACUUACGCAUCUAAUCGAGUGGCUUUUUCAGGAGCCAAAUCCAAUCAGCUUGAACACAGCCCUUGCUCAGCUCGGGGUUGUGAGGCCGGUUUUCCGCUUGCCAUAUGUACCCCUUCCUUUGGCAAAGAGGGUGGAGUUUGUGAAUAUAGUGAAAGAUCUCGGGAGGGAGAACUUUGUAGGAGACAAAAAUGUCCAGGUUCUGGAUGAUAACGACUUCAUUCUGAUCGGUAGGUAUUAGCUGCAAUUUACAUGGUGAGGACUACUUUCUGAUCUGGACAUUGUUGUCUCGAUCUUUUUUGGCUUUCUGGAAUAAUAAUUGGCAUUCUUGAAUUGCUUUCUUGGAGGGUAAAGGUCUAUAUCAGAAUAAGUUGUUUGAAUGGCUGUCCGAGUAUUUACAUCUUCACUCCCUGGUUACUUUCCGAUUUGGCCGCAGACAGGACAAACUGCUAUGUGUAUACGUUUUCCUGCCUGUAAGUUGAGAUGAUAUGAGCCUACUGUCUACAUGUGGUCUGAAACAUGGAAUAACAAAAUUUCCGAUUAUGGUUUCUCCCAA